AGCUCGGCUCAACUGGAGUGAAGACGAGUCCACUCAUUUUCAUCAUCUUUUCACCAUGGGUCCCAUGAAGUUCGACGAUCUCGAGAAGACCGCGAAGGAGGUGUUGUCGGACGACUACCAGACCAGCGGCUAUCAGUUCAAAGCCAAGCAGAAGACCAGCUGGCAGGGCUCUGUGGUCACCACAGCUGUGGACCUGGUGCCUGGCAGCAAGGAUGGAGUGUUCACUCCUUCAAAGCUCACGUGGAGGCUGCCCACACCAAUGGGGUGCCCAUUCUUUGUGAUUGACAAGUUGGAGGUGGACAAGAAGGGUGGCAUCAAGCUCGAGACCUCUACCGAGAAGGCUGUCAAGGGCUUGAAGAUCGAGGUGAAGCCGGAGCUCUCGGAUCCUUUGAAGACCAAGAGCACCCUCACCUACACCGCCCUGAAGGACGUUCGUUUGGCCUUGGACACCAAGGGCAUUGAGGUCAAGGACUUGGUUGGGGAGCUCACCUACCAGCCCUGCGCCGCAGCCAUCCUCGGCGUGAAGUUCGCGGCGCCCUGGUGCCCCGAUGUGGGCCUGCGCGCCACCCACGGGCCUUUCUUCGCCUCCAUCUAUGCCAAGGAGAUGUUCAAACAGUACUCCCUCAGUUGCCACUACAAAUACGGGGACAACUUCCGUGUGGCCGGCAGCUACACCUGUGGUGGCAAGAAGGGUGGCAGCUGCGCACUUGGCCUGAUGUACUCCUGCAACAAGAACACAACCAUGAAGUUGAAGAUGGAGCGGGAUAUGUCCGUGAGCUGCGCCUUGAAGCAAUCCUUGGCCAAGGGCUUCACGCUCACCGGCGGCCUGAAGUACGGCAUGCAGAAGGGUGACUACACUUGUGGGUUGCAGCUGAGCGUGGAGUGAGCCUCUCUCUGUGAGGCGGAGGGCGAAAUCUGAGUUUGGCAGGCUUUCCUCACCGAUGGUGGUGUUGUACUCUUUGUUAGUCUCGCCGGCACGGAUCCUAGCCCUGCCAGGAUCGAAUUUUGACAAGAUGGAUGCAAUUUGAAUCUGCGACCGAAAUGCCGCGUCCCUCGGGAGCUAUGGGGAGCUAUGGGGAG